AUGUCUGCCCCACUUCCCACUCUCCCUGAAUUCUCUCUUAAGGAUAAAGUUGCUGUCGUUACUGGCGGUGGCAGAGGUUUGGGUUUAGAAAUGAGCAGAGCUCUUGCUGAAUCUGGUGCCAAUGUUGCCAUUAUGUUUGUCUCUAGCGAGAAGACCCAUGACACUGCCGCUCAAAUCGCCAAGGACUAUAAUGUUACCUGUAAGGCCUACAAGGCUGAUAUUGUUGAUCCUGUUGCUGUCAAGGAAGCUGUUGACCAAAUCUACAAGGACUUUGGCGCUAUUGAUGUCUUUGUUGCUAAUGCUGGUGUCAGCAUUGGUGGUAAGACCGAGGAAUACGAUUUGAAUGACUGGAAGAAGACCAUGGACAUCAACGUCAACGGCGUCUUUUACAGUAUUCAAGCUGCUUCCAAAUACAUGCUCGAGAAGGGUAAGGGUAGUGUUAUUAUUACAUCUUCCAUCUCUGGCCACGUUGCCAACCGUCCUCAGCCCCAAUGUGCCUACAAUACCUCCAAGGGCGCCACUACUUUGAUGACCAAGGCUUUGGCUACUGAAUGGGCCACCAAGGGUAUUCGUGUCAAUGCCAUUUGUCCUGGUUACAUGAGAACCGAAUUAUUAGACAUCACUCUCAAGAACAACCCUGAAUGGGAGAGACAAUGGAACCAAUUCACUCCUAUGGGUCGCGUUGGUGAAGCCAAGGAACUCAGAGGCGCCGUUGUCUUUUUGGCUAGUGAUGCCAGUAGUUAUGUUACUGGUAUCGAACUGUUCGUUGAUGGUGGUUACACUUGUGUAUAA